AUGGCUGAGACGGGAAGUUCGCCAUGCCGCAUCACGGUAAUGGCCUCGGGCUUCGGCUCCAACUUCCAGGCCCUGAUCGACGGCAUCGCCAGCGGCUCACUACCGCACAGCUGCAUCAUUUCGCUCAUCACCAACCGUAAGAGCGCGCAUGCGACGGCCCGUGCUGACCAGGCUGGCAUACCGUGGGAAUACUUCAACCUCAUCAGCAACGGCUUCCAGAAGAAGGGCGAGUCAGACGAGGCGCAGAUCGCAGAGGCUCGUCGGCGAUACGACGCGGCGCUCGCGGCCAAGAUCCUCGCCGCGCCGGAGGACCGGCGCCCGGAGCUGAUCGUGCUCGCCGGGUGGAUGUACGUCUUCUCGCCGUCCUUCCUGGACCCCAUCGACAAGGCGGGCAUCCGCAUCAUCAACCUGCACCCCGCCAUGCCCGGCGAGUUUGACGGCGCAAACGCCAUCGAGCGCGCGUUCGCCGCGUUCCAGGCCGGCACGCUCGCCCGCACGGGCAUCAUGGCGCACUACGUCAUCGCCGAGGUCGACCGCGGCGCGCCGAUCCUGGUGCAGGAGAUUCCGUGUCGGCAGGGCGAGGCGCUGGAGGGGCUGAAGGAGAGGAUGCACGCGCAGGAGCACGCGCUCAUCGUCAACGCCACGGCCAAGGUCGCCGCGGAGAUUGUCGCGGGCCGGUCAUGA